AUGGUGCUAUGGGAGCUGACGCUGGCGACGGCGUAUUUUCUCGGGCUCAAGCGCACGUACCGCCUGGCGCUCCGACUGCAGAAGAGGGUCCUCCUUUCGCGACCCGGGAUUCGCGAUUUCGCGAAAAGGCGCACGCGAGCAGUGUUCCGAGUGGCGCUGACAGCCGUCGAAACCACCCAGCACCGGGACAUCGAGAUUGGUCGCUCCGUGGGAAACUUCCUCCUCCGCUUCCUCGACCGCAUGAAGCCCUCGGCGCACAUCCGGGGAGAUGGUCCCAUGCCAGGAGGGGCAGGAGGAGGAGGGGGGUUUCAUUCAAGCCAUGGGGCAGCCGUGCCGGGAGGUUCAGCAGGGGCCACUGGGGCCGUUUCAAAGCAGAAUGCGGGAGCAGCAGAGGGUAGUAGUGCGUCCGUUGCAAGGCACGCGUAUCAUGCCACCCCUGCUGCGUUUUCCUGCACGCCAAGAAUAGUCCAGCCGCUGCUGGCAUGCCCUCCCAGAUGA